AUGGCAGCUACACAACCCGAGCCUUCUACCUCUGCGUCUGCCAUUGUCGCAGCUGCUGCUAGCAAGAUCUCGCAACCAGAAUGGCACAUUCCGCAAAAGCAGGUCCCUGAGCCAGAGCUCAAAGUGUACAACUCGCUCACCCGCACCAAGACUCCCUUCGUCCCCAGAAAGGGUCGCACUGUCACAUGGUACAACUGUGGUCCUACCGUCUACGAUGCCAGUCAUAUGGGUCACGCUCGUAACUAUGUUACUCAAGAUAUCAUUCGUCGCAUUCUUCGCGACUACCUCGGCUACGACGUCCACUUUGUCAUGAACAUCACCGAUAUUGACGACAAGAUCAUUAUCAAGGCUCGUCACCAAUACCUCCUCAAGCAGUUCCGUUCGCAACACCCUCAGCUAACCAAGCCGCUCCUGAAGGCUGUACAAGAUGCUUGGUCUGCCUACUUUGCCAAGAACCUCGAGCGCUUUGCUCCUCCCGUCCCACCGCAAGAGCAGCAGGGAGGGCUUGUUGACGAAGCUGAAAAGGCAAGGGCUGGGGAAGCAGGCUUUGAAGAGAUCUCUAGACUCUGUCAAGACGCUGCAUGGCUCAAAGCAGCUUCCGAUAAGGAGCCCAAGUUCGGCAUGUGGUUCUCGGCGCUUGAUAAAUCGCGUCAGGCACAGGUUGCUGCUGCCAUGUCUCUAGCUGCUGCAGAUUCCUCGAGCGAAGCUGCUUCCGACCUCAUCGACGCGUCUCAAGACGUUCUCGCCGCCCACCUCGACAAGCAGUUCGGCGACACUGUCACAGAUCCAGCCGUCUUCCGUGACACCGCUGCCUACUGGGAGGCCGAAUACUUUAACGACAUGAAAAGGCUACACGUUGAGCCUCCAACCACCUUGACACGUGUCAGCGAGUAUGUUCCCGAGAUCGUCGCUUUCGUCCAGCAGAUCGUCGACCGCGGGUAUGCUUACUCCGAGGGUGUCGACGCCGAUAAGAAGAAUGUCUGGUUUGACACGCGUGCCUUUGAUGGUGCCAGAAGCCAGGAUGGCAGCUUCGAGCACUCGUACGCCAAGCUUCAGCCAUGGUCCAAAGGAAACCGCGAACUGUUGGAGGAGGGUGAAGGUUCCCUCUCGACCUCAACCACUGCCACCGCCGGCAAGCGUGCUGCAUCUGACUUUGCGUUGUGGAAAUCGUCGAAGCCCGGUGAGCCAGCUUGGCCUUCCCCCUGGGGUCCUGGUCGUCCAGGCUGGCACAUCGAGUGCUCCGUCAUGGGUUCCGCUGUCCUUGGCGAGACCAUGGAUAUCCACUCUGGCGGUGUCGACCUCAUGUUCCCUCACCACGACAACGAGAUCGCCCAAUCCGAAGCACACCACGGCUGCCGUCAAUGGGUCAACUACUUCCUCCACACCGGCCAUCUCCACAUCGAAGGUCUCAAAAUGUCGAAAUCCCUCAAGAACUUCAUCUCGAUCAACGAGGCACUCGAACGAUUCACCGCACGUCAACUCCGCAUGUCUUUCCUCCUCCAACCUUGGUCCGGACGCAUGGACUUUAAGCCUUCCGCUCUCGGUGAGGUCAAGAACGCCGAAUCGGCCUUCAACAAUUUCUUCGUCGGAGUCAAGGCUAAGAUUGCCGAAGCAAAGGCACUGGGCGAUGCAUACUCGGAUGGACAGCAUCACUAUGGUGCCGCCGAAUGUGCACUGAUGCAGACUUUGGAGGAAGGGCAACAGGCGUUCCGUGAAGCUAUCUGCGAUUCGUUCGAUACACCAAAGGGUAUGGAGAUCCUGUUGGACUUGGUCAACAAGGCGAAUGUGUACGAGAAGAGCCAUGACAAGCGUGUCAAUGUCAACAUUGGUGUUCUUACCGCUUUGGCACGAUACGUGGGCGAUAUGCUCAAGAUGCUCGGUCUAGGUGAAGGCCCUGCGCUCGCUGCAACUCAGGAGAUUGGUUGGGGUGUAGCUGACGAGUCAGGUGAAGGUGCUGGGUCGGCAGUGAACAAGGAGGAGUUGCUACUGCCAUACUUGCGCGCGCUCAGCACUUUCCGUGACGCUGUUCGCAAUCUCGCACGCAGUGGCGCUCCCGCCUCGGAAUACCUCAAACUCUCCGAUGCACUCCGCGACAACGAUCUCGUCGACCUUGGCGUUGCUCUUGAAGACACAGAAGACGGUAAAGCAUUGGUCAAGCUUGUCCCCGCAGCGCAGUUACAAGCUGCAAAGCGCGAAAAGGAGGCAGCAGCGGCAGAGAAGGCUGCACGUAAGGCUCAAGCUGCAGAACAGGCGAGGUUGAAGCGAUUGGAGAACUUGGAAAAGGGUAGAACAGCACCAGAACAGAUGUUCAGGACAGAGGAGUACACAGAAUGGGAUGAGAGAGGGUUGCCGACUAAAGAUAAGGAAGGAGCUGAGUUGCCAAAGAAGAGGAGAAAGAAUUUAGAAAAGGACUACGAGAAGCAGACUAAGCUGCAUAAGGAGUUCUUGGAGGCGAAGGGCAAGGGCGAGAUUCAAUAG